AUGAGGAUUACGGAAAUUGUUAUAGACGGCUUCAAAUCGUACGCUGUGCGUACGGUGAUCUCGGGAUGGGACGAAGCGUUCAACUCUAUCACUGGCCUGAACGGCAGUGGUAAAUCCAACAUUCUCGAUGCCAUUUGCUUCGUGCUUGGUAUUACCAACAUGACCACAGUCCGCGCGCAAAACCUCCAAGAUCUCAUCUACAAGCGCGGCCAAGCCGGUGUGACUAAGGCCAGUGUUACUAUCGUUUUCGACAACCGGGAUACCGCGAAAUCGCCGAUCGGAUUCGAAGAAUAUGCGAACAUCUCGGUUACCCGACAAAUUGUGCUAGGCGGCACAAGCAAAUAUUUGAUCAAUGGCCAUCGCGCGCAACAACAGACUGUCCAGAACCUUUUCCAGAGUGUCCAAUUGAACAUCAACAACCCUAAUUUCCUCAUUAUGCAAGGUCGCAUCACGAAGGUCUUGAAUAUGAAGUCGGUCGAAAUUCUGGCGAUGAUUGAGGAGGCAGCCGGCACACGAAUGUUCGAGGACCGAAGAGAGAAGGCGAACAGGACAAUGGGAAAGAAGGAACUGAAGCUGCGCGAGAUCGAAGAACUGCUGAAGGAAGAGAUUGAGCCCAAGCUCGAGAAGCUACGGUCGGAGAAACGAGCUUUCCUCGAUUUUCAGCAGACGCAGAACGAUCUCGAGCGCUUGACCCGACUUGUUGUAGCCCAUGACUAUGUUCGCGGCGGCGAACGGUUGCGAAUUGCAGGCGAAGAGUGCGAAAAUAAGCGCAAUAAGGUGCAGGCACUUGAAGAUAAUACACUCAAGCUCAAAAAUGAGAUUGCUCACUUGGAGGAAGACGUACAACGGGUGCGCACAGCUCGCGACAAGGAACUCCGAAAAGGCGGAAAAUUCCAAGGACUUGAAGAUGAGGUCAAGAACUACUCGCACGAGUUGGUUCGAUUGACCACCGUCUUUGAUCUUAAAAAUGCAAGCAUAGAGGAAGAGAAGGAGAAACGAAAGACUAUCCAAAAGACUGUCACUGAUCUCGAGAAAGUCCUGAAAGAGAAGCGCAAGAUCUAUGAGAAGCUACAAGCUCAGUACGACACCGCUAAAGCUGAACUGGACGCACAGAACGUCGAAGUGGAACAAAAAGAGGAAUUGCUCCAGACACUGCAGACUGGUGUAGCCUCCAAGGAGGGCCAGGAGAGUGGUUACCAGGGUCAAUUACAAGAUGCCCGCAACCGUGCAAGCAAUGCCGCCACAGAACAAGAACAAGGGAAGCUCAAAAUCAACCACCUUGAGAAGCGUAUCAAAGAAGAGGAGCCUCGCGCAAAGAAAGCGAAGGAACAGAACUCAGGGCUUUUGCGUGAUCUGGAAGGGUUGAAGUCGCAAGCAAGCAAGCUAGAGUCCGAGCUGACUCGACUUGGGUUUGAGCCUGGAAAAGAAGAGCAAAUCUACCAAGAACAGACCGGGCUUCAACGAGAUAUUCGCGAGCUCCGUCAACGGGCUGAUGGCCUUAAGCGACAGGCAGCAAACAUUGAUUUCAACUACGCUGACCCUCACCCCAACUUUGACCGAUCCAAGGUAAAGGGCUUGGUUGCCCAGCUCUUCACCCUUAACAAAGAUCAAGUUCCGGCCGCGACUGCGCUGGAGAUCUGCGCCGGUGGCCGCCUUUACAAUGUUGUCGUGGACAGUGCAGAGACCGGCACGCAGCUACUUCAGAAAGGCAAGCUGCGCAAGCGUGUGACUAUCAUUCCCCUUAAUAAAAUUUCUGCUUUCAAGGCCUCCGCAGAAAAGAUUGGAGCUGCACAGAAGCUUGCUCCCGGGAAGGUUGACCUCGCCCUCUCCUUGGUUGGAUAUGAGGAAGAAAUUCUCGCAGCGAUGAACUACGUUUUUGGCAACACACUCAUCUGCCAUGACGCUGAAACAGCCAAGAAGGUGACAUUUGAUCCAUCAGUUCGCAUGAAGAGUGUCACGCUGGAGGGUGAUGUGUAUGAUCCGUCCGGAACACUUUCUGGUGGAAGCUCUCCCAAUUCUAGCGGUGUUCUCGUUACUUUGCAAAAACUCAACGAGAUCACCAAGGAGCUGCGGAGCAAGGAACGACAGCUCGCGACUUUGGAAGACAAUAUGAAGAGAGAAAAGAAGAAGCUUGAUUCUGUCCGCUCCAUCAAACAAAAUCUGGAUCUCAAGUCUCACGAAAUUAAGCUCACCGAGGAGCAAAUUAACAGCAACUCCUCAUCUUCGAUUAUUCAAGCCGUCGAGGAAAUGAGAGCAAAUAUUGAACAACUCAAGGAAGACAUCGCCGAUGCUAAAUCUCGCCAGGCCGAAGCAUCCAAGGAUAUCAAGCGCAUUGAGAAGGACAUGAGUGAAUUCAACAAUAACAAAGAUAGCAAGUUGGAAGAACUCCAAACCACGCUCAAUAAGCUCAAAAAGAGCCUCGCCAAGAAUUCUAUCUCGGUCAAAGAGCUGCAGAAGGAAUUGCAAACUUCCAGACUAGAUUCUGAACAAGUUGGCAGCGAUCUAUCCGCAGCCGAGGAGCAGUUGGUUGAGUCGGACAACACCCUCAGUGCCCAGGUGGAAGAAAUCGAGUCCCAAAAGCGGGAGCAGACACGACUGAAGGAUGCCCAUGACAUCGCGCAGGCUCAACUUGACGAUGAGAGGGCUAAGUUGACUGGCUUCGAUGAGGAAUUGCGAGAAUUAGAGGAAGCCAUGAAGAACAAAUCGUCUCGAAUUACCGAGGAUGGUCUUGAAGCGCAGAAGCUCGGCCAUCAGCUUGAGAAGGUCCAGAAGGAUCAGCACACCGCUAGCCAGGCUGUGGCUCAUAUGGAAGAGGAACAUGAAUGGAUUGCGGAUGAAAAAGAGCACUUCGGACGCGCCAAUACACCCUACAACUUCCAGAACCAGAACAUCGCUGAGUGCAAAGCUACUCUACGCAACUUGACAGAGCGAUCUCAAGGCAUGAAGAAGAAGAUCAACCCCAAGGUUAUGAACAUGAUCGACAGCGUUGAGAAGAAGGAGGCUGCUCUGAAGAACAUGAUGAAGACCGUUAUCCGCGACAAGCGAAAGAUCGAGGAAACCAUCAUGAAUUUGAACGAAUACAAAAAGGAGGCUCUUCACAAGACGUGGGUCAAGGUGAAUGGCGACUUCGGACAGAUUUUCAACGAGCUUCUUCCGGGCAGUUUCGCCAAACUUGACCCGCCAGAGGGCAAAGACAUCACAGACGGUCUCGAGGUCAAGGUGUCCCUGGGCAAAGUCUGGAAGCAGAGUCUUACAGAACUGAGCGGUGGCCAACGUUCGCUCAUUGCACUCUCGUUGAUCAUGGCACUUUUGCAAUUCAAGCCCGCACCAAUGUACAUUCUCGAUGAGGUUGACGCCGCACUCGAUCUAUCUCACACGCAAAACAUCGGUCGACUGAUCAAGACCCGUUUCAAGGGCUCUCAGUUCAUCGUCGUCUCGCUGAAGGAUGGCAUGUUCCAAAACGCCAACCGCAUUUUCCGUACGCGAUUCAGCGAGGGUACCAGUAUCGUCCAAGCGUUGACUCCUGCCGAUAUGAAAUAA